CCCUGCCAGCCCCGGGUCCCUGCAGAGCCAGCGCCCACCAUGGACAUCGCCAUCCAGCACCCCUGGUUCAAACGUGCCCUGGGCCCCUUCUACCCUAGCCGGCUGUUUGAUCAGUUCUUCGGCGAGGGGCUCUUCGAGUACGACUUGCUGCCCUUCCUGUCCUCCACCAUCAGCCCCUACUACCGCCAGUCCCUCUUUCGCAGCGUGCUGGACUCUGGCAUCUCCGAGGUGCGAUCCGACCGGGACAAGUUUGUCAUCUUCCUGGACGUAAAGCACUUCUCUCCCGAGGACCUGACGGUGAAGGUGCAGGAGGACUUCGUGGAAAUCCACGGCAAGCACAACGAGCGGCAGGAUGACCACGGCUACAUCUCCCGCGAGUUCCACCGCCGCUACCGCCUGCCUUCCAACGUGGACCAGUCCGCGCUCUCUUGCUCGCUGUCUGCGGACGGCAUGCUGACGUUCUCUGGCCCCAAGGUCCCGUCCGGCACGGACGCCAGCCACAGUGAGCGGGCCGUCCCCGUGUCGCGGGGAGAGAAGCCCAGCGCCGCGCCCUCCUCCUAAGCUCGGCCUCGGCCUCGGCUGCCACCCGCUGCGGCCCCCGCCACCCAUCCCUCCGGGGGAACCCUAGAAAGUGGGGUGUCCGUCUCCCCCGCCUCCCCCUUUUCCGUUUCCUUUUCCUCUUCUCUGAGGGCAUGAGGGUUUGAGGGAGUAGCCUGGAGAGCUCGGGGCCUUGGCCUGAGGUGCUGAGACCUCAGAGUGACCCGGAUCCCAACACCAGCCAGGCGGUGGAAGUGACC